CUGAGUUGGAAAAUGCCUUGUGGGAGAGCGCAGCAGGCUGACAAUAAUCCACAGCGAGGCUGCCGAGAGGUGGUGCGGGACCCCACUGGAGGUACUCAGUACUUUCUCGCGGUUAAUGGUAAGCGCCGACUUAUGACGAUUUGACGUCGCCAGGUUAUUCUUGUAGACAAUUUCUGAGCACGUCUUGAUGCAAAACUAUGAGAAGGGGAAAUGUCUUUAAGGCGUAAAAUCUUAGGUUACUCUUUACUUGCAAUUAUGAACAAAGCAAGUGCGGAGGCUCCCAGAUAGUUCAAUUUCGAUGGAGAACCCCCCCUUCCCUCAGCGUUUAUUAUAGCUCCACGCGGGGUACUGUGGCAGACGUCAUCUCCUCGAUGUGACACUAGAUUUCGAAAUGGCUCUCAAGUGUUCUUGCACUCAAAUCCCAUUUCAUUCGCAACAACUCUCCCAUCGUAGCUGCCUUUGAGCCACGGAUCAAGUUCAUCUCGUGCCCAUUCAAUUGUGAAUCCUGAAGCCUAUAGCUUUCACAUAGCUAUCUCACCCGAAGUUACGCUGCACCAACACACACCACCAGCUAAACAAUGUUCAAGCGUGUCACAAGGAGGCUGAGCAGAUCCUCGCAAGAUCUAGAGGAACAAGCUCCGCGAGAUAUAAACAAGAGCAUCAUGACGAACAAACCGCUUCUGGUUAUUGCAGCCUCCUCCGAUACCUUCGACCAUGCAAUCAUCCACCGCUGGAAGCGCGAAGGCUUUGACGUGCAUUACGAGCACGUACAUGGAGACACUCGCUCCAGUACAUACGCAGUAGAAGCUCAUGGUGACAAUUUAGAGCCAGGAGAGAAUUAUGCAAUCAUAGCAUACGGCGAAGCUGCUUCUGUUCUGUUGCCCAAAAUGUUUCAGGCUCCGGGUAAACUCUGUGCCAUCGUAGCAUUCUACCCCUACACGAUACCAGGUCCUGGCUCUACCCCUCCUGAAGAGCUUCGCGUUCAAGUCCAUCUCGCUGGAAACCAAAAGUUUGCACCCAAAUACCCUCACUUCUGGUACCAAGGAACCCACGCUGGCUUCGACGAGCAUGGUAGGGACACAUACGAUCACAUUGCGUCCGGUCUAGCCUGGAGCAGAGCAUUAGACUGUGUGAGGCGAGGAUUCGGCAUCGAUGUUGACUUGGAGGAUAUAUGGGAGCGCCAUCUUGCUCAUGAGUUCGUCACCCGCAACGCCACUGAGACGAUAGGAACAAUGACCUCUCACCCUUCCGUAGUCCACAUGCCCACCCUAACAGGCGGCGUGGGCAAGGGCGAGCUCCACCGCUUCUACGAUGAAUUCUUUAUCCCGUCAAAUCCGGCAAACAUGCGGACUACCCUUCUCUCCCGCACAGUUGGCUCCGACAAGAUCAUCGACGAGAUGUUGAUCUCGUUCACUCACACCCAGGAAAUCCCGUGGUUGUUACCGGGGGUCCCAGCUACUGGGAAGUAUAUCGAAGUUGUGCUUGUUAGUGUGGUUAAGAUUGUUGGCGGGAAGUUGGAGUCCGAGAGGCUUCACUGGGAUCAGGCGAGCGUGCUUGUCCAGGCUGGACUGUUGGAUGCGACGUUGGGUGCGGUGGGAUUGGGCCAAGGUGGUGUCAGUAGACUGCCCAUUGUUGGUGCUGAGGCCCCGCGGAUAACAAUGGAGGGGACUGGUGGAUCGGUGGCGUUGAAUGAGUUGAUUCCUGGAUGGUAAAAAGAGGUGGGAGGUUUGUGGCGGAGGAGAUGGGUUGGAAGGAAGUGAGACGUGGAACAGAUGGGCAAAAUAGGGACGGUAAAUGAUUGAUGAAGUUUAUGAUAUUAGAUCUAAUAUAGCACAAUAUGGCAC